GCGCGCGGUUCCGCAGGUGGCAGCGAUGGCCCGGUCCUGAGCGCCCCGCCAUGGCUCGCGCCCCCAGCCCGCUCUGCCUGGCGCUGCUGCUGCUCGGGGCGGUGGGCAGGGUCGGCCCCCGCCCCCAGGGUGCCACUGUGUCCCUCUCGGAGACAGUGCAGAAGUGGCGAGAAUACCGACACCAGUGCCAGCAAUUCCUGACUGAGGCUCCCCCACCAGCCACAGGUCUGUUCUGCAAUCGGACCUUCGAUGAGUAUGCCUGCUGGCCAGACGGGCUGCCAGGCUCGUUCGUGAAUGUCAGCUGCCCCUGGUACCUGCCCUGGGCCAGCAGUGUGCUGCAGGGCCGCGUUUACCGAUUCUGCACAGCGGAGGGCCUGUGGCUGCGCCAGGACAACUCCAGCUCGCCCUGGAGGAACCUGUCAGAGUGCGAGGAGUCCAAGCGAGGGGAGAGAAGUUCCCCAGAGGAGCAGCUCCUGUCCUUUUCCAUCAUCUACACGGUGGGCUACACGCUGUCCUUCUCUGCUCUGGUCAUCGCCUCGGCCAUCCUCCUGAGCUUCAGACACCUGCACUGCACCCGGAACUACAUCCACCUGAACCUGUUUGCGUCCUUCAUCCUGCGAGCCCUGUCCGUCUUCAUCAGGGACGCGGUCCUCAAGUGGAUGUACAGCACGGCCCCCCAGCAGCACCAGUGGGAUGGGCUCCUCUCCUACCAGGAUUCUCUGGGCUGCCGCCUGGUGUUCCUGCUCAUGCAGUACUGCGUGGCAGCCAACUACUACUGGCUCCUGGUGGAGGGUGUGUACCUGUACACACUUCUGGCCUUUUCCGUCUUCUCUGAGCAGCGCAUCUUCAGGCUGUAUCUGAGCAUAGGCUGGGGUGUUCCCCUGCUGUUUGUUAUCCCUUGGGGCAUUGUCAAGUACCUCUAUGAGGAUGAGGGCUGCUGGACCAGGAACUCCAACAUGAAUUACUGGCUCAUCAUCCGGCUGCCCAUUCUCUUUGCCAUUGGGGUGAACUUCCUCAUCUUUAUCCGGGUCAUCUGCAUUGUGGUGUCCAAGCUCAAAGCCAAUGUCAUGUGCAAGACAGACAUCAAGUGCAGACUAGCCAAGUCUACCCUGACGCUCAUCCCUCUGCUGGGGACCCACGAGGUCGUCUUUGCCUUUGUGAUGGACGAGCAUGCCCGGGGGACGCUGCGCUUCAUCAAGCUGUUCACAGAGCUGUCCUUCACCUCCUUCCAGGGGCUGAUGGUCGCCAUCUUGUACUGCUUUGUCAACAAUGAGGUCCAGCUGGAGUUUCGGAGGAGCUGGGAGCGCUGGCGGCUCAAGCACUUGCACACCCAGGGGGACAGCAGCAUGAGGCCCCUCAAGUGCCCCACCAGCAGCCUGAGCAGCGGGGGCACCGUGGGCAGCAGCGUCUAUGCAGCCACUUGCCAGGCCUCCUGCAGCUAAGACCCCCGCCCCUGUCCUCCCUGUGGUCUCGCUGCUGGCUGGCUGGCUGGCCAUCCCAGGUGGGAGAGCCCCUGCCGGGGCUUGGGCGGGAUCGGGACACAAGCUUGCAUCCAUCCCCGCUUUCCCUUCCCAAAGCCAUCAGAUGGGCAAACGGGCAGUGCCUCCUGGGACCUGUGGCCACAUUUCCUCUGUGGAGAAACAGCUCUGCUAAUUUGAUCACCGUGGCAGGAGGAGAGAAAAACCGAUUGCUGCUGAACUGAGGAGGAUUUCUUCCCGUGAAGCCACCAGGCCCCUGGGGUACCCCAAGACAGAGCAGCAAAUCAGCCCCGGACUCGCACUCAAGGUCAAUGGCUUAUUAGCGGGAUUGCGGCAUGCGAGAGAAGAGGCUCGUAUGACCCAGCCACACAGAGCUGAGGGAACGCAAGCCAACCCUGCUUGCCUCCGGUUGGGUCACCGUCCCCACCACCUCCCCGUGAAGGGAUGCUUCUCCCACGUCUGCGUUGCUUGUUCACCCUCCCCGGUCAUCUCACCACCCAGCUUCUUGGUGGGGGCUUUGUCUGGGCUUCCAGCGGCAGCUGUUUCUAGAAGUGGCUGUGGGUGGUGUUGGGCGUGAAAGCUGAGAAGGUGCCCGACAGGUUCCUUUGCUGGUGCCCACUUCUCCUAUGGGUGCCUGCCCUGCCUGGGUGCCCGCUACCCUGUGCCCAGGGAACAAGGCAGGGCCACUGCUGAGGAGCCCAGCAUUUGGGACGAGCUCUGAAUUCUGUUCUAGAGAUGCUCCAGAACCCUCUAGGGUUCAACAAGGAAACCUCAGGACCACCUGCACCGAGGGGUCCACUGUACCUGUAACUCUCGGGAACCCAGAGGGCUGAGAGCUUUACUUCCACCUCUCAGGGGAAAGGCUUUUGUGACCAGAUUAUGUAUCCCGUUAGCAUGGGUUUUGACUUUAAGAGACUUCUGGGGUAAACUACCAGUUGCCACUGCUACCAUGGAGUCAGUCUUCCCCUAUCCUUGGUUUCUUCCCCUUGAAAGUCCCCCACUUGGGAGCUUGCAUAUAUAUACUUGAUUCAUUUUUCUUUAUUGCUGUGAACAGUCUGCAUGUGCAAAUGUGCGAUUCUGAUUUCCCCCACCUGAUGGAAAAAAGGACAAAACCAUUGUGAUCGUGGUGGUGUUGGGGGAACUGGGGCAUAAUGCAUUUGACUCAGCCACAGUUUGAGCUCAUCAGUGUUUUCCCGGCCUCCGGUUUCAUCCCAUAAACAAUGAGCAGCUGAGAGGCUGCACAGGGGAAACCUCUCGGUCCUGCUCCUGCCAUGAGGAGAGGGCAGACAGGGCAGAAACCCAGACAGAAGGGAGACAGGCAGCCCAGGGAGGAUGGCAAUGGAGUCUUUGGAUGCAAAGGAAGUAUCCAGAGUAGGAGAGAGCUUUUAAGGGAGUCCAGACCACCUGGGAAGGUACAGGGAGUAGCUUCAAGUGAAUUCCUCUAUGGGUCCAUCUCUCCCUCUUCCUCCUUAAGUGGUAGACGACCCUCCCCCCAAAACCUUGCACCAGACACAUUUUUCUGUGCCUCUCAGAGAGACAUGUGAUGUACAGGGGAAAUAAUAAUGGGACAUAAAACACAUCAAGCAGAAAAUUUCUUAUACUUCAGCUUCAGUGGAGUGUUGUAUCUAUGUUAAUGGGGAAGUUGAACCCCAGGCUAGAGAAGAAUUGUGCAGAGUUGCUCCUAGAGAAAAUGUAGAGAGGUGGGGGAUGCAGUAGGGGGGACCCCUGCUUCCCCGGAAUAAGGGAGGAUUUUCCAACAGGCCCCACUCCUUGGCUUUCUUUUCAGAUAGGGGUAAGGGAGGAGGUGAGCACCCGUGAGUUGAUGUGGGAUACAAUUCUGGUGCCAGUGUUUCAGUUUGAGAUAAACUGGAAGAUUUUGAGAAUCAGGAAUACACUGCAUAGCAAAAAAAGAAAGAACCAGAUUGAUAUAGCCUGAGAGAAAUAAAUUGUUGGGGGGGGGCAGGAAUUGUGGGGAGAAAGUGUUUAGUUAGACACCAGGGAUGCUCAGAUAGUUUGGUUUAAACUGUAGGUAGAGUUCUUUUCCCAGCUGGCACUGAUUCCUGAUCUCCGAAAGCUCAUCAUACCCCCAUGCUCGAAGCCUUAUAACACUGAACCAUCUCCUUCAUAGAUACAUAUCAGAUACUGAAUAAGUAUUUUCUUUGCUCCAAGACCCACACUAUUAAUAUUCAUUUGACUGGCAGUGUACUCCCGCCAAACUAUUCUCAAGCUCUCCUGAACUAAAUAUAACUCGAAGAGAUCUGGAAACACUCCCAAACACUCCCAGAUUCCACUAGCUGUUUACAUGCGUGACACUGAAGUGGGAAGCUUGCUGCACACAACUUCUCUGCCUCUGUCCUGAGGGUACGACUGCUGACCAGCAGGUGUGGACGGUGUGUAUGUGUGUGUGUCUGUCCACUGCACAGCCAGCAGGGGCUGAGGACUAUUGUGAACUGAUUCUGAGUUCAGCACUCUGGCCAGCUCCACUCGUUAGGGGCUUAAAUCGUGUUGACCCCAUCUUUACCCAUGUCGAUCUUUAGAACAGCUAAAUCACAGAACUGAAACAAACCACUUACACUGCAAAGCUGCCUUUGAGACAACUCUCCAGAUUGCCUGCAUGAUUUUCAGUUGCCUCAAGGCAAUCCCCACCGAACCCCAUACCAGCUGUGUUUUUAAAGACUCAGAGCAGGGAAAGAACGGCCCUCAAUGAAGUAAGUGAGGAGGGAGGCUUGCAGAGGUGACUUGAGGGAGGGGGGCUGGGCUUGGCCUCCAAGUCCAGGGAGGCCUCUGGGAAGGAUAGGUAAGAAACAGAAAUAGCGAUUCAAGAUCCUCUUAGUAAAAGCCAGCAAUGGGUAUCUGGAAUUUCUGUUAAAAAGGACUUGCAGCCGCAAAAGGUAGGCAGGUCAGCUAGUGAACGCACCCACCUCUUCAGGGACUUCUGCUGAGAGGAGGGGAAGGCUGCACUUCACCAUCGCUACUAUGGUCCAUCAUCCUUGUCUUAAAAUGAAGAAAUUGAAAUGAAGCAGAGCACACACACACAGAGCAAGGGAGCCAUUUUAAGUAUUGACUUCAGCACUCUGGUACUGGGUUGGCUGGGUUUUCUGAUGCGUCUGGGUUUAGUUAACAAGUUGCUCCGCCAGCCACACAGAGUGAAUUAAAAGAACUGGAAAAAGGUCCAGAAGACUAGCAAACUGGGCAGCGUUAGCCUAGCAGAGACGGCACAGCCCAUACAACGGCAAGUAGAGUCAGCUCAUAUCUACACCCUGAAAGGCUUGGUUGCCUCAUCAGCAUGGGUCGUGUUUUAGCAGCUCCUGUCUCCAUCCAAGGAGAGAAUACUGUGUGUGUGUGUGUGUGUGUGUGUGUGCGCGCGCGCGCGCAUGUGUCCUGUGCACAGCAGCAUAAAGUUAGGAGAUGAUGAGUCUGGAAUCAUCUUACCCACUGUGAAGGUCAUGGGACCACACAGUCCAGGGUGAAGAUGGGCGGGAGCCUGAGCCGUAGAUGCUUCCUCUCCAUGCACAGACAGGAUUCGCAUUAUUGCUAAUGCCUGCGACGUGCUCAGGGAAGAUAAAAUAUAUUCCAGAGGUUUAUUUUCCCUCCACUGAAUUGAUUCUAAUCUACGGUGCUGACCCUGCUUUUGGCUCCUACAGGGAGCCAAACUCUAUAAAAAUUCUCAAAUAAAAUAUGUCGGUUUCCUCUGCUAAAACAGUUAUGUGAAUGACAUGCUAAGUAUUUCAGUUGAAACCAAAUUAGUAUCAACUCAAAACUUUUUUUCCUUUCUGUUGCUGGAGCAAGGUUUUUCUGGGAAAGAAAAUGUGAGAAACUUCUUUAAACAACAUCGCCCUGCCGGGACAGUAUUCUCUGCUGGCUCAAAACAGCUCUUUGGCCAUGCCUGGAGGGCCAGAACAGGAAGUGUUGUUAAGCAGUGUCAUUCAAACACUUAAUGCCACAGUGUGUCUACAGUAUCUAUAAUUACUUCUGCUCUGUUGGUGGCUACCGAUUGGCAGGAAGCAGAUAAGCAUAAUUGUUUCCCCAUUAACGACCCAGAUCUCUUGGACUUUGCCUGCAUUUGAAUCUCUCAGAGGGGGAGAGUUUUUUGUUUCUCCCCUUUGGCCAUUUUAGCCGGUUUCUGCGGACCUGAUCCAGGGGGUGCAUUUUCUCUCUAAUGCACCCCAGCUCCUCCCCACCCCCCACUACCUCCCUCACGCCCACCUCCCCCAUCCUCACCGUGAGCUUCCCCAGGCUCCUCCCCCCCCCCACCUGACCACGUAAGGAACGCUGUUCUCUCAGCUGUGACCAAUUUGGGGGUACAGCUGAGAGUGAGGCACUGCCAGGGCUGAAAUGGUGCAUGGUACUCCAUGCUCUGGGGCAGUGAGGAGCAUGGCAGCCAGCGGCUUGGAGCCUAACUUACACUGGGGUUUUGCAACCUUUCUGAUGGAGCCUGUCAACCCGCACAAUCUAGCAUGACUAAUUGCCACUGUGUCAGAGCAAUCUGGGAGAAGGAAAACAUAAACAAAUGAGAGUGUUGGGAUGUGCUGGGCAAAAACUCCAAGGAAGUUUGGAACAUGUAACAAGUUAGGGUUUUGGCUUCUUUGUAGGGGAGCUGGAGGGACAAGGAGGGCAGGUCAGGAAGAAGCAAGAUUUCCCCCAGACAGGGCUGGACCUUGCCAAACCAUUCACACUUUACUUCCAACUCUGCAGUUCUAAGCUCCUCCCACAAAACCAUAAUCAUGUCCUCAAGGCAGAUCAGCCUCAACAUCCCACUGGUUUUGGAGGGGGUUCCAUGCAGAGUUUCAAACUCCAAGAGAGAGGCUCUCAGGAGCUGGAUUUCUUUCUUCAGUGCUCUUGGGGGAAGUCUGCUCUUCAUGAAUGUUUAAACAAGAUAACUUUCAUGCGAUUUCUUAAUAUAUAAAUUCAUGUACAAUACGACCUGCGUCUAUAGGUAGCAAACAUGUAUAACUCCUUGCACAGACGUGAAAUGGAUGCAGACUCGUCCCUAAUUUGUCUUGUAAACAUCAAAUAAAGGUCUGUCAUUACUGUG